AGCAAUUCCCCACUCAGCCCUGCCUAGCACGGUGGGGGAGGAGGAACUCUGGGAAGAGGAAGGUGCCCGGUGAGACAGCUAGCCUCACCCUCCCUGGGCUCACUCACCUCCCAAGGGACCUGGUCUGGGACGGAGACACUUCCCCACUGGCCGGGCUGCCCGCUUCAGGCAGCUCUGACCGCUUCGCCACGUGCAGAGGCCACCGAGCAACCUUCCUUCCAGUCCUGCCUGGGCCCGAUCGGAAGCCUGGAGAAGAGGCCCCGCGAUUGAUGCCUUUGCCCCGGGAGUCGGCGACACGGUGAGACGGAAGGCGAACAUGGGUCAGAAGGUCACCGGAGGGAUCAAGACGGUGGACAUGCGGGACCCCACGUACCGGCCCUUGAAGCAGGAGCUCCAGGGCCUGGACUACUGCAAGCCCACCCGCCUGGACCUGCUGCUGGACAUGCCCCCCGUGUCCUACGACGUCCAGCUGCUCCACUCCUGGAACAACAAUGACCGCUCGCUCAACGUCUUCGUGAAGGAGGACGACAAGCUGAUCUUUCACCGGCAUCCGGUGGCCCAGAGCACGGACGCCAUCAGGGGCAAGGUCGGGUACACGCGGGGGCUGCACGUGUGGCAGAUCACGUGGGCCAUGCGGCAGCGGGGCACGCACGCCGUGGUGGGGGUGGCGACGGCCGACGCCCCGCUGCACUCCGUAGGGUACACGACCCUCGUGGGGAACAACCACGAGUCCUGGGGCUGGGACUUGGGGCGCAACCGGCUCUACCACGAUGGCAAAAACCAGCCGAGCAAAACGUACCCGGCUUUUCUGGAGCCGGAUGAGACGUUCAUUGUCCCCGACUCCUUCCUGGUGGCCCUGGACAUGGACGAUGGGACCCUGAGCUUCAUCGUGGACGGACAGUACAUGGGAGUGGCUUUUCGGGGACUCAAGGGCAAAAAACUGUAUCCUGUCGUGAGCGCCGUCUGGGGCCACUGCGAGAUCCGCAUGCGCUACCUGAACGGGCUCGACCCUGAGCCCCUGCCGCUCAUGGACCUCUGCCGCCGCUCCGUGCGCCUGGCCCUGGGAAAGGAGCGGCUGGGCGAGAUCCACACGCUGCCGCUGCCCGCCUCCCUCAAGGCCUACCUCCUCUACCAGUGACGCGCUGCCCGGGACGGCCAGCACCACAGCCCGCCCACCACGUCACCGCCACACCCCGGGCCGUGGCCCGGCGUCCGAGGCCGCGGGACGCAGGCCCUGCUCCCCUCCGCCGUUCCCGGCUGCCUUGCGGGACACAGACAGGACAGCCCUGGACACGGGCUCCUCCGUCCCCCUUCCCGACGUCGGCGGGAGCGUCCUGCAUGCCACGUCACCUCCCCUCCUUGGGGAAAGACACGGAAUAAACUUUUAGGACACGCGGCGCUGAGCUCCGACCUGCUCUGCCCUCGGGGUGCCAUGGCUGCCCCGCAGCUGCCGGGAGGGGCCGCGGCACCGAGGACAGAUACCGGGGGUGCUACGAGGUGCUGGCACGAGGAGCCGCGCCUCGGAGACGAAGCUCAGGACGUCGAAACGCGCCCCGGACGCCGAGGCGGGAGCCGGGCCCGGGAGCGCCCCGCGGCCGGCACCCCCUUCCCCUGUAUUUAUUCUUUUAACAAUAACAAAAGCCAUUUAUUUAUUCCAUUUAGAGAGGGACCUUGUUCCGGUCGCCUCUCCGGAGUGUUCUGUUGCUUUCGCUUCCCCAGCACGUGUGCCUCACCCGCCCUCCCUGGGCCGUGUCCGGCGCGUCCCCACGUGGGCACAGCUGUCUUUGUGUGGGUCCUUCGACCCACAGUGUUUCCUGGGGGAUCUGCUCCGAGCUCCCGAGCAGGCCCCUCGGGGAGCUCCAGCCUCGCGGGGAGAGUCUGGGGACUCGCGGCUACACGGCUGUGGCAGCUCCCACGACUCCACAUCCUUAUUCACACUUGGGCUCGUCCGUCUUUGCACAUGGUUCUAUGUCUUCAGUCUUCCAUGGGUUUUUAGGUUAUGGGUUUGGUCUUGCUUUUGGCUUCUUAACCAAAAUUUCCCACGUGCCUCUUCAGAAGCUCUGGCUCUCCAGGGGACCACCAAACCAAGGCAGGAAGGAUGAGAGGGUCUCCGCCCCCUGCCGAGCCAAGGGCAGGGCGGGCCGGGGGAGCCCAGAGCGAAGUCCACGCGGGUCUCCGCUUAGCGCCCAGUUCAUCGCAACCCCCCAGAGCCAGAGGGGCAGGGCAGGGUGGGGCGGGGCAGGGCGACGAGCAGGAGAGGGGGGACGCCCCCUCUCUGCCACAGCUCCCCCACGUAGCAGACCCCUGCUCCCUGCCACCACAUCUGCCGUUUAUCUUAAAGUCAACUUCCUCAGAGUCUGACUUCAGUUCAUUUCUGUACAGGUACAAUAGAUGACUUUAUUUGUUUAAAAUGUUUAAUAUAUAUGCAUAUAUAUUUGUCCGUAAGAAUUAUGUUUUAAACAGCUGCUGUAGGGUACCUUUAAGGAAAAAAAAAAAAAGUCUUCCAGUGGAGUAUAUUUUUGAAAGCACAAAAGCGGUGCCAAGGCUCGG